UAGAAAUAAUACCAUGAAAACUUACGUUUAACCAUUAAAUGCCCUGGAUUCAUACGUAUACAGUAAAAAGAUUUCUAGUUUGUGCAUGGUUUUUAUUUAAAUUCGUGCAGAUUUUGCAAAUUCAUUCAACUACACCAUAUCCUGGUGCGAUAGUCAUCGUGUAGGCGUCAUUAAGGUGAAAUAAAUCAAAGCAUGCCGCACACAGGUCAAACUGGUGUAAAUCAGCUAGGAGGGGUAUUUGUUAAUGGCCGACCUUUACCAGAUCACGUGAGACGGCGUAUAGUAGAACUGGCCCACAUGGGUGUCAGACCAUGUGAUAUUUCCCGCCAACUGCUGGUUUCCCAUGGAUGCGUUAGCAAGAUUUUGACACGGUACUAUGAGACAGGCUCCAUAAAGCCAGGAUCCAUUGGUGGGAACAAACCCAAGCAAGUUGCCACGCCUCUAGUAGUUCGGAAGAUUCUGCAGUUGAAGAAAGAAAACCCGUCAAUAUUUGCCUGGGAGAUUCGAGAUUAUCUGCUUUCUCAAAGAAUUUGUGACGACCAGUCUAUUCCAAGCAUCAGUUCUAUAAAUAGAAUACUUCGCAAUGCCGGCGCUUUUAAUAGUGAUGGCGUAUUAUCAAAUGACAUGCCAUCUGUGUUCUAUCCUCCGAUCCCCUCACCUACCCUCCAGGCUUUAUACCAAAGACACAAUCCAGCGGCUCUAUACCCAUUAAGUAUCCCUGGACUCUCAUACCCACGACUUGUUCAACCUUUACCACCCCCUCUGGAACCAGGGGAAGUUCCCCAUGACAACAACUUACCGGAACGUUCACUUAAAGACAUAGAAUCUAUCCAUCUUGUAAAUGAUAGAAAAAGACAAUUAUCAGAGGACGAAAUGAGUACAUCAGCCCAAAGCAAAAGAUUGAGAUGUGACAGUUUGAAUUACAGUGGCAAGACAGACGAUAAACAAGACGGGAAAAUCACAAAAGAUGAUGAUUUAGCACACAAAGGUUUACAGCGCUGUCAAUCGGAGGACCUCCGCAGACCCGCCGCAACAAAACCAUUACAUUCUAUAGAAGAUAUUGUUAAAGACAGUGAAAGUGACAAAAAGUUAUUAUACAGCAGUUCAUCGCUUGACCCUUUACUACCAAACGUUUCUAAAAGUGCAUUUCAGUACCACAGUUCUCGAGCACUGCAUAGUCUUGAGCUGUGGAAACACCAUCAAAUGUUCUUUCCAAACAUGUACACUCUACCUAUGGCACCGAACUAUGAUCACGUGACAGCAAGACAAGCUUCCUCAACGUUGUCUUUACGUUGCCAUAACGACACGCGAUUCUGUUCUAGUUGAUAAAGAAGAAUUUAUUUCUAAAUACAAAACUAAUGUUUUAAACUAAUGACAGAAAUGUAAAUGGCGCCUUUGUUGCUAAGGCAACGAUUGCUUGUAGCAAAAUGGCAAGUUGCGUGACUCGGGUAUAUUGUCUUUAAUUGUAAACCUUUCUAAUGAAUGACCUAUCUCCGUGACUUUGCAGCAAAGCUUUACGGUUGGUCGCAGUGUUUGGAUAGUUUUCAAUAUAAAGAGGUUUUCUAUGUCUUCUUCACCACAAUUAACCUUAAUUAGCACUAACCUUUUCAGAUUCCAAUGAAACUAAUGGAUCAUGAAAUGUAUUUAUUUUUCCGAUUUCAUUAGAGCAGGAAAUCGUUAUUCAGUUGCGAAGAAAAAGGAAACUCAUUAUGGUGAUGUUACAUUGCUUUAUUCAGUUUCAGAUAUUGCCAUUAAAAGAAAUGAUAAAUAAUCAAAGCUUUCAAUUCCUUUAGUUUUGAUUGAAGAAGAGCGCGUUUGUAUAUGUAUUCAGAUGUGUUCCUUCUAAUUGGACGCUAUCGGUUUACUUUUUGUUUUGUUC